AUGCCCGACCCCAGCCUCUCGCAAUUCACCUCCGUCUUCCGUGCCUCGGACGCCCACCGCGUCAAGCGCUGCCGCCAAACCGUCUCCUGCACGGCCUGCCAGCGCCGCAAGUCCCGAUGCGACCGCCAGCACCCGUGCGGCGCCUGCGAGAAGCGCGGCAGCAGCGAGGCCUGCUCGUACGGCUCGGCAGCGUCGUCAUCGUCGGUAUAUGAUAAAGUCGCAGGGAGCAGCAGCAGCAGGCGGGAUGUUCAGAUGAAGCUCAGCCAGCUGGAGCAGAUGGUGAGGGGGCUGGCGGAGAAGAAGGCGGAUGGCGAGAGGCGGAGAGAGGGCAGCGACAGGGAUGAACAGCCGGAGACGAGCUACCACGGGGCGACGUCGUGGACGGCGUUGGUCGAGAGUAUUCGCGAUAUCCAGGACAUUCUGGUGGCCGAUCAGGACGCCGGGGAGCCGGAGGAGGCGGCCGAGCCGGAGGUUCUGCUGGGAGACGUGCCGCCCAUCACGAUCAAGGAGGUCACGGAGAGCUUGCCAUCGCGGCACGACGCCGACAAGCUCAUCAUGACCUACUUCAAGGCCAGGUUCACGGCCGUCUGCAUCGUCCACACGCAUCAGUUCAAGCGCCGCUACGACGCCUUCUGGGCGAAUCCCUCGUCGGCCAGCUUCCUCUGGAUCAGCAUCAUGUUCUCCAUCCUCAGCAUCGGCACCAUGAUUGCCAACACCAAAAACCCAACAGACACCUCGUCUCCGUCGUCGUCGUCGGCGGCGGCGGCGCCAAACUCGCGCUUCUACAUGGUCAAGGCCGCGCAGUGCCUCGUCGCCGGCCAGUACCUCAAGGGCAAGCGCUUCUCCGUCGAGGCCCUCCUGAUGCACGCCCACUCGCGCAACGUCCAGAAGAUGGACUCGGACUCCUCGCUGUGGUCGCUCUACGGCAUGGCCGCGCGCCUGGCGCAGAAGCAGGGCUACCACCGCGACGCGGCCAAGAUGCCCGGCGGCAGAGCCAUGACGCCGUUCGACGCCGAGAUGCGCCGCAGGUGCUGGUUCCUGAUCCAAUCGUCGGACCUGCUCUUCUCCUUUCAAAACGGCAUGCCGCCCAUCAUCACGCAGGAAAGCUGCGACGUCGGCUACCCUACCAACCUCACCGAUGACGACUUCGACGAGAAUUGCGUCUCCUUGCCCGAGCCCCGUCCUCCCACAGACCCUCUCCCCAUCCUCGCCCACAUCACAAAGUCCAAGCUCUGCUUCGUCAUGCGUCGCGUUGUGCGCCAUGUCCUUGCCGUGGCUCCGGCCCUUUACGGCGAGACGAUUGCUCUCGACCGGGAGUUGCGAGAGUGGCACGAAUCUGUGCCGGCGUGCCUGCGAAUCCGCACCAUUCGCAACACGGCCUUUACCGAUGCCAACUAUACCAUAAUGCACCGGCUCAUGCUCGAGCUCAUGUACCUCAAGAGCCUGUGUAUACUACAUCGGCCUUACCUCACAACGCACAAGCACGAUGCCGAGUACAAUGCCUCGAGGCGGGUCUGCAGGGAGUCUGCGCUCAUGAUACUGGAGAUACAGGCGGAGCUUGACAUGGAGACUGCUUCAGGAGGGAGGAUGUACGAGGAUAGGUUCAUGGUUUCCAAUCUGACGCUUCAUCAUUUCCUGCUCGCGGCAAUGAUCAUCUGCCUAGAUCUCAGCGAGUCCACCGACAUAAACUCGGAAGAAAGGCUCAAACGCAUAACCACCCUCCGCACCGCCUAUUCCAUCUGGUCCGCCCGCAGCACCACCUCCGCCGACGCCCUCCACGCCUCCAGAGUCCUCCACGCCAUCCUCAUUCGCAUCGACUCCCCCAGCGCCACCACCUCCUCCACAAAUUCCGGGCCCAUGAUGAGCACACCCAGCUCUUCUCUUCUACAAAAUCACGACGGUGUUCCUACAAUGUCAGACGACUCAAUGCAUCAAAUCAUGUCUGGCACGUACGCAGCGGACGACGCGCUGUUUGGUAACGACAUGGGCCUUGCUAUGCCUGGAUUCGAGGACAUGUUUUCCAAUAUUGACACGUUUGAUUGGAUUGUCACUGACCAGCUACGGUAUUAA